ACGCAAGCAGACGCGACGCCAUUUGCUGCGGCCGAACGUGGUAGCCGGCUGUUCUCGGAAGGGCUGGGUAGCGAGACUCUCCCGCGCACGCGAGCCGGCCUCUUGUCCCUGUUUUGUACCACGCGGCUCCAGGCCUUCUCUCUCGCGCCCUUUGAGGGAGUCACCGCUGCCAUCGCCGCCGCCAUCACCCGCAUAGGAGUCAGAAAAGCCGCCAGGCCGUCCUCACCGCCAUGCCCAAGAAUAAAGGUAAAGGAGGUAAAAAUAGACGUAGGGGUAAGAAUGAGAAUGAAUCUGAAAAAAGAGAACUGGUAUUCAAAGAAGAUGGACAAGAAUAUGCUCAAGUAAUCAAAAUGUUGGGAAAUGGGCGCUUAGAAGCAAUGUGUUUUGAUGGUGUAAAGAGGUUGUGUCACAUCAGAGGGAAAUUGAGAAAAAAGGUUUGGAUAAAUACGUCAGAUAUAAUACUGGUUGGUCUGCGAGAUUACCAGGACAAUAAAGCUGAUGUAAUUUUAAAAUACAAUGCAGAUGAAGCGAGAAGUUUGAAAGCGUAUGGCGAGCUUCCGGAGCAUGCUAAAAUCAAUGAAACGGAUACAUUUGGUCCUGGCGAUGACGAUGAAAUCCAGUUUGAUGACAUUGCAGAUGACGAUGAAGACAUUGAUGAUAUCUAAAUUGACCUCGACAUUUUACAUUCCAACUUCUCUGAGGAUUGAUCAACAAUUUGGAUUUUGGCUGUGGCCUGUUAAAGAAGAUUAAAAUUAUCUUUAGUUUGAGUACAGUUUGUUAAAGCAGACUGAUGUGUUUCUAAGGUAUUAAUUUAAAAACUGGUAGUGCUGAAUUAAAAUAAAUUUUAAGCCCACUCUGUUCUUUGGUGUAAUGGAGCUUAUGGGUAAAAGAGCACAUCUGUUAUUUUUAAAGAGGAAAAAAAUCACGACCUUUCCUACUUUGACCACUUCAGUAAGUAAAUGGAUGUUUUGAAUAAACGAUUUGCCCUAUACUUGUGGAUUAUGGUUAAGCCCUGCUUUUGACUGGCCUGCUGACUAUACAGUGACUUUCUGUAUAUUUCAGUUACCUACACGUUCCUUUGCGGUUCUGAUAAAAUUUAAGGGAGCAGAAAUCUGAAUUUGAAGUCAAAUGAUUAGGUCUCUUUCAUAUUUAAGUAUUAUGUGAGUAUUUUUAUACUGAUUUUGAUAUUACAUAUCUUCUUUUCAUGAUCUUAUUUUGCCACUAUAAACAUCAACAAAAAAACCAUUUCCAAGAUGCAGAUUUUAGAACCUGGGUUUUAAUAGCAAUUUUUAUUUGUAAGGUCAGUAGUUGCAGAAAUUGAACACUAGGUGGCACCCAGUUAUCUUAACAUCAGAAAUACUGAUAUAGUUGUCAACUUCUUUUAUUAACUUACUGUGCAUAGGACAUUUCUGAACCAAGAAGAUUGUUUUGAUUAUGUGCAUGUAUGUGGAAUAUUUUUGCAGAACAAAAGGAUUACAUUGUGUCAUUUCAGAAGUAAUAUACAUAUGAGCUACAAUUUUGAAUGCUGUAUAAAUGAAAAUUAAUUCCAUAACAACUUGUAUAAGUUGAAUGUUUUUCAAACUAUCCCAAAGCUGGGGAAAGAGGAGGGAAUAACAAUUUAAUGAAGAUGAUCUCCCAUUUCUGAAUGGAAGAGCUACAGUGGAGAAAUAUAAUAAAGAUAAUGUCAUGUUGCAAACUA